AUAAUAACAAAUCCCCUUCUAGUGAAAACAUAUUCGUUCGCCUUAUCAUUUGGCCAAGUUCGAUCGUUCUUGCUUUCCAAUUUCGUGUAAUCGUAGCAAUAUGGGGGAUGUUAAAACAUGCUCCAUUCGCAUUUGCCAAGACGGGCAUGCAAACGCGCUUGCAUUAAACCGUGAAUGCACCCAAAUCGCGGUUGCUGGCAGAAGCUUGCUGAAGGUGUUCUCAAUUGAAAACGAUGGCUUCACGGAGGUAUGUAAUAUGCGUGGUGGAAAAAAUCAAAACUUAAGCUACUCGUCGAACGAUGUAGCAUGGAGCUCGCUUGAUUCAAACAUCCUAGCCACUGCUGCUACCAAUGGUGUCGUGUCUGUGUGGGACUUGUCGAAGUUCGGUCGUCAAAAGCAGCUGCUGGUCUACAACGAGCACGAGCGAACAGCUCAUUCCGUUGCAUUCCAUGGAACGGAAGCAAAUCUGUUGAUAUCCGGUUCGCAAGAUGGAACUAUCAAAUGUUUUGAUCUCAGAACGGACAAAUCUGCCAUAAAUACCUACUUUAGCAACUCGGAGAGUGUACGAGAUGUAAAGUUUAGUCCCCACGCGCCGAACACGUUUGCGGCGGUGUCCGAGAACGGAACUGUACAGUUGUGGGAUAUUCGCAGGAAUGAUCGCUGUACGGCCCAAUUCACUGCCCAUAGUGGUCCGAUUUACACGUGCGAUUGGCAUCCGAACCAGCCAUGGCUAGCCACGGGUAGCCGUGAUAAGCAGAUCAAGGUUUGGAACACUAACCCUAAGAACUCGUCGCUUGAAACGGCGAAAAACGUUUCACUUGAGUACACUAUACAUACGAUCGCGGUUGUUGGUAGGAUUCGAUGGCGACCUGAUAAGAUGUUCCACAUUGCAAGCUGUGCGCUGGUGGUCGACAACAGUAUCUACAUAUGGGAUCUCCGUCGGCCAUACAUUCCUUAUGCUUCGUUUAACGAACAUUCUAACGUUACGACGGGUAUCGCGUUCAAGGGUAACGAUCGACACGUGCUGCUUUCCACCAGUAAGGAUUCGACGAUAUUUAAGCACGUGUUCAAAGAUGCCACACGACCUGCCAUGAAGGCGAACCCUCAGGGAGCCAAUUUUAACUACAAGGGAGAUUUACUAUAUGCAUACGAAAUGAAGCUAAUCCCACCACCACCGUCAUCGAGCCUGCUCAGCCAGGGAACUGCGCUACUGGGUUCGCGCCAAAAAUCGUCUUCCUCGGCUGACCAGUUUCAUCUGGCAAAAUCGAACCUUUCCAACUUUUCUACCAAAACGAUCAACGUGAACGCUAAGGACGUAACCAAAACUUCGCUGUUGAAAGAUUAUUUGGCCCUGAAAGGUUGUGCCAAAGAGUACAUCCUAACGGGAGCAUCUCUGUCGGAAAUCUGCAGCCAUAAUGCAGCGGUAGCGAAAAAAUAUGGCAAAACAAAUGUGAGCUUUUUGUGGAACUUUAUCUCCCAACUGUACGCGUACAGUUCCACCGCUAACAUGAAGCUCGAGCAACGGAACUCCGGCCCAAUUCAGCAUGCUGGUGGUCGUUUGAUGGCUCAAAACUCGAAUCAAUCUAGCUCGGGCAGAAGCGCUGAAGAUCGGGUAAUGGGUACCGGUCUUCAUCCCAUCGUCGGUACUACGAACAUCGUCAGUAACAGUAGCGCGGACGAUUAUCUGGAGUUUGCGAACAGCAAAAGUGCUAACGAAGCGCCCGGUAUGGGGCAGCUACUUUCCGUAGACAUAGAACCGGAUAAGUGUGAUUUCGUUUUUGGCGAAACAGAACUUACAUUCGAUUCGGUUGACUGUAUCAAAGGUUUCCGGGAUGGAUUUCUUUACACGGGCCCGCAUGACCUGGUGAAGGACUACACCUUUCCCGCAUCAAACCUAAUGAAUGCCCACGAACUGCAUCAAACCCAUCCCCGAAAACAUCUAAUGGCGGAAAAGUCACAGGAAACAUCACCGCCGCCCAAUCCGGUACCGUCCUUCCUGAAAAUAUCCGAUCACAACCCGACUCCACCCAUCUGGGAACCGCACCAGGUGCUGGCUGACUGUUUAACGUUGCAAACGGAAAUAGGCGAUGUGCAGACAUCGUCCUGUAUUCUGGUGGCCCUCGGGGAGCGAAGACACAGCUUGCAGAUUGAUGAGAGCUUUCAAGAGAACUGGUUGCUGUCGUACAUCGAGUUGCUGCACCGGCAUCAACUGUGGAACGAAGCAACACAGAUGAUCAACAUUAGCUGGAUCCGGUCGGUGUUAGAGAUGAAUCAGCAAUCGACGACCAUGUACACGAGCUGCGGCCUUUGCUCCAAGCAGCUGGUAAGUUCGGUGGGUUGGUACUGUGCACGCUGCAAGUCUGCCCAAAGCUCAAAGUGUAGCGUUUGCAAUGGGGUUGUUCGUGGUCUGUAUGCAUGGUGUCAGGGAUGUUCGCACGGAGGUCACCUGGAACAUUUGAAGCAAUGGUUUGCCAACAACUCCAAAUGUCCCAGGUGUGGUCAUUUGUGUGAAUACGAAUGAGUGAAUACACGACAUUAUAUGAUAUAGUGGAUAUGAUUCCACGCCAAAA